GGCCGCGCCUGUCGGCAGCGGCGCGGGGGACAGCGCCCCGCGGCCCCGCCCCGCCGUGACCUCGGCGCGCGCACCGGGCGCCGCGGCCGUUGCGGCGCGCGCCUCACGUGACGCAGACUUGGAUCUUCUGUCUAACAAACAAACAUGAGUCAUCUGAAGCUGUUCGUGGCUACGCUGAAGUGGCAUGGCAUUAAACUUCUGGAAAAGCAAGAUAUAGCCAGAAGGGUAUUUUUACAUGGCCAACGGUAUGUUUCAUCAGGAACCUCAGAACCAUUCCUGAGUGCGAGUAAUUCAAAUUAUGUGGAGGAAAUGUAUUAUGCGUGGCUUGAAAACCCUAAAAGCGUACAUAAGUCCUGGGAUGUGUUUUUCCAAAAUGCUAAUGCUGGCCAAGCAUAUGAUCCCCAUCUACCAGAUCAGUUGGAAAGAAAGGCAUCGUUUCUUCAGAGCCAUGGCCUGGCCCAGACACCGGGUAAAGCUGAAAAGCUUGUUGAAGAUCACCUCGCUGUGCAGUCUUUGAUAAGAGCAUACCAAAUCCGUGGCCAUCAUGUGGCUCAGCUGGAUCCCCUUGGAAUUCUGGAUGCAGACUUGGAUUCGUUUGUUCCAUCUGACUUAAUCACUACAAUCGAUAAACUUGGGUUUUAUGGUUUGCAUGAAUCAGAUUUGGACAAAGUCUUUCAGCUGCCUACAACCACCUUCAUAGGAGGAAGUGAGAACAGUCUUUCUUUAAGAGAGAUCAUCAAAAGGCUGGAGAAUACUUACUGCCAACACAUUGGCUUGGAGUUUAUGUUCAUCAAUGAUGUGGAGCAGUGCCAGUGGAUCCGGCAGAAGUUUGAGACACCGGGAGUUAUGAAGUUUAGCAAUGAGGAAAAAAGGACUUUGUUGGCAAGGCUGGUGCGCUCAAUGAGAUUUGAAGACUUCCUUGCUCGCAAGUGGUCUUCCGAAAAGAGAUUUGGUUUGGAAGGAUGUGAAGUAAUGAUUCCUGCACUUAAGACCAUCAUUGAUAAAUCCAGUGAAAUGGGAAUUGAAUAUGUUAUUAUGGGGAUGCCUCACAGAGGUAGGCUGAAUGUAUUGGCUAAUGUAAUCCGAAAAGAGCUGGAGCAGAUCUUCUGUCAGUUUGAUCCCAAACUUGAAGCAGCUGAUGAGGGAUCUGGGGAUGUAAAAUAUCAUCUGGGAAUGUACCAUGAGAGGAUCAACAGAGCAACAAACAAGAAAAUCACUCUGUCCCUGAUGGCUAACCCUUCUCACUUGGAAGCAGUUGAUCCUGUUGUGCAAGGGAAAACAAAAGCUGAACAGUUUUAUCGAGGGGAUACGGCAGGGAAAAAGGUUAUGUCCAUAUUAUUACAUGGGGAUGCUGCCUUUGCAGGACAAGGAGUGGUUUAUGAGACGUUUCAUCUUAGUGACCUCCCAUCCUACACCACAAAUGGCACUAUUCACGUUGUGGUCAACAACCAGAUUGGCUUCACCACAGACCCCCGUAUGGCCCGUUCAUCUCCAUAUCCUACUGAUGUCGCUCGUGUGGUCAACGCUCCCAUUUUUCAUGUGAAUGCUGAUGACCCUGAAGCAGUGAUGUAUGUGUGCAGUGUAGCUGCAGAAUGGCGAAACACAUUCAAUAAAGAUGUGGUGGUUGACUUGGUUUGUUACCGUAGGAGGGGGCACAAUGAAAUGGAUGAACCAAUGUUCACCCAGCCUCUAAUGUACAAGCAGAUUCAUAAGCAGGUGCCAGUGCUGAAGAAGUAUGCUGACAAACUGAUUGCAGAUGGGACUGUAACACUGCAGGAGUUUGAGGAAGAAAUUGCAAAGUAUGAUAGAAUAUGUGAAGAAGCAUAUACUAGAUCUAAGGAUAAUAAGAUCCUACAUAUCAAGCACUGGCUUGAUUCACCUUGGCCUGGAUUCUUUAACGUGGAUGGAGAACCCAAGAGCAUGUCUUGUCCUCCAACUGGCAUUUCAGAAGACCUGCUGACUCACAUUGGCAAUGUAGCUAGUUCAGUGCCAGUCAAAGACUUCAAAAUACAUGCAGGACUCUCUCGGAUUUUGAGAGCCCGCUUGGAAAUGACCAAGAACAGGGUUGUUGACUGGGCCUUAGCAGAAUACAUGGCUUUUGGCUCUUUUCUGAAAGAAGGGAUCCAUGUCCGACUAAGUGGACAGGAUGUGGAGAGGGGUACUUUUAGCCAUCGUCAUCAUGUGCUUCAUGAUCAAGAAGUUGACAAGAGAACGUGUGUUCCCAUGAAUCAUCUCUGGGAGCAGCAGGCCCCCUAUACUGUGUGCAACAGCUCCCUUUCUGAAUAUGGUGUCUUAGGUUUUGAACUUGGCUUUGCUAUGGCAAGUCCCAAUGCCCUGGUGUGCUGGGAGGCCCAGUUUGGCGACUUCCACAACACGGCGCAGUGUAUAAUAGACCAGUUCAUCAGCUCUGGCCAGGCCAAGUGGGUUCGUCACAAUGGGAUCGUCCUGCUCUUGCCACAUGGAAUGGAAGGAAUGGGUCCAGAGCAUUCAUCAGCCAGGCCUGAGAGGUUUCUGCAGAUGAGCAAUGAUGAUUCUGAUGCUUAUCCAGAGUUCAGUGAGCAGUUUGAAGUCUCUCAGCUGUAUGAAUGCAACUGGAUUGUGGUGAAUUGUUCAACUCCAGCCAAUUACUUUCACGUCCUCAGAAGACAGAUCUUGCUGCCAUUCAGAAAACCGCUGAUUAUUUUGACACCCAAGUCACUGCUGAGGCAUCCAGAAGCUAAAUCCAGUUUUGAUGAAAUGGUGUCUGGUACCACUUUCCAACGCGUGAUUCCUGAGAAUGGGCUGGCAGCUCAUGCACCACAUGAGGUCAAGCGAGUGAUUUUCUGCACAGGAAAAGUAUACUAUGAUCUUGUGAAAGAGAGAAAGAAUCAAGACCUGGAGAAACAAGUAGCUAUAACCAGGCUUGAACAGAUCUCACCAUUCCCCUUUGACUUGCUGAAAGAAGAACUUGAGAAGUAUCCAGGUGCUGAUCUAGUUUGGUGUCAGGAGGAACACAAAAACAGUGGAUAUUAUGAUUAUGUCAAACCUCGUUUCCGCACUAUUGUGAACCACACUCGACCUAUAUGGUAUGUUGGCCGAGAGCCUGCUGCAGCAGCUGCCACAGGCAACAAGAACACGCAUCUGGUAUCACUCAGAAGGUUCUUGGAUACAGCUUUCAACCUGGAAGCCUUUGAGGGAAAGACAUUCUGACUGCAGGGCACCGACCCAUCUCUGACUAGUAGUCUCUCAAAUCACUCCAUCCGAAAGAGGAGAUAAAAGUGGGAAAAAUACUGGAAAUUACAUACUUUUGCUUUACCAGAUAAAACGAUCCAGCAGCUGACUUCAUUAAUCUGCACCUUGCUCCCCAGUUUGUAAGGGAAAAAAAAAAAAUUCCAACUUACCUUCCACCAUUUUUUGUCACUUGUCUAUUUAGAUUGGGACCUCUCUGGCACAAGGAGAGUCUCCUGUCCAAGGAUGCAGUGCUAGCUCAGUGAGGCUCCAAUCUCAGUCUGCAGGCACUAAUUACUGUAAGUAAGUAGAGCAGGCAUGGACAGCAUGAUAGUUAUGCACAUCCCUGAAAAAGAAGAGUACGUUUGGGAGCCACUACGUAAACAAGGUGCAUUGUUACAAGGAAAAUGGUUGACAGUUAUUUCUAGAUAUAUUGGAGAGGAGUAAUGAAACCAAAAAGCAAAGAGUUGAUAGAUGACUUUGGUAGAGAAGUGUACUGACUGUGGUUGUUGGAAGGAGAUGGUAAGGUAGCCUGGUGAUGUGAGGAGGAGCCUGGAAAUAGGGAGUCAGAUUACAAAGUUGCUAAACUAUGGGUGACAACAAAAGUGGUGUGGAUUACUUAGGUAUAAACUGGAGGAGGGUGAUGAAGGCAGAAAUAAAAGGGACCAUGAAAAGGUUUGUUGGGGGUAGCUGGGGAGGGAAGAUGUCUACACAAGACCACAGCUGAUGGAGCAGUGGGUGAUCAGCAGGAGAAUUCAGCGUCAAAUGACUUCACAAGUAAGAGGUGACAGCACCAAUUGCUCCCACUCCCUGGGCUGCCUGCUUUGAUGCUCUGUGGUAUUAGGGAACUGUGGGGUCCUGUGAACAUCCUCGUUUUGGCCGAACACUCUUUCCCUCACCAAACUACUAGGAUCUGCUUUUUUUUUGACCUGGUAGCACCUGUAAAAAGAUGGUGUUUGGAUGAGAAAUCUGUGUUUGUGCAACAAGGAGCGGGUUUUCUGCUUUGUCCCGUGCUAAUCCCUGCCUCAUGUCUCCUUGCUGAUACUAAUUCAACUCUGAAGUAGCAAUUCCUGAUUUAGUCACCCUUUCUUAUGUUAAGAGGAAGGUGAGCAAGCAACAGUUGCUGAUUGACCAAAGGCACAUGCUGUGGUUUUGUACAAGUAGUAAUUGAUUUUUGUCAAUUUUUCUUUUUUCUCCCCUUGUGUUUACUUGUCAAUUAGGAUAUCAAUUGCCAUGUACUUUCAGUAUGGACAUAAAA